AUGUCGACUGAUACAGAGUCGGAAAUAAUAGAUCCAUCAUUGACGCGUACUAUUAAUGUUUCAGUUAAGUUCGGCGAAAUCAUCGAUCAAAUUAGUGAAUCACACAACGUUGCUGAAAGACGUUUAGAUAUUGAAGAUGUGAAGUCCAUUGGGUUAAUACAAGAAGAUGUUAAUACGAUGGAGCGGUUAGGACAAGAAUCUUUUGAUCGAUUGAGAACAAGUUCAAGUUUUAACAGCUUAGACAUCCAGCAAUUUGAUUAUGAUCCUAAUUGUAAUUUCAAUGAAUGUUUCGAUGAUUACGAUAAGGGCAAACAAUCAGAGUCCAUUGUUAGUUCUUCCACAGAAAUAUCUGGGAAUACACAAGAAGUCAUUCCAUACUGGACUCAAACAAGUUUAGAGGCGCCGUUUGUGAAUACAACACAAAAAGAUAAUGCAGAUAAACUUGCAACAGAACAAUAUGUUACAAUACCUCCAAUACCUUCUCAAGAUAAAAACCAACUUCGUAUCAAAAAUGGUAUAAAUUCGAAAUAUCGUCCACAAACGAAACAUGAAAUAUUUCCCAUACGAGGACAAAAUGCCGGUAAAGUGCAACCAUCACGAUACAUUAGAGAUAAAGUCGGUUGUCGUGAUAUAAUCCUAGAGAUACCUGAGAAAUAUUUGUCAACGAAUAAUCUAUUAAUUAAAGUUGCCUGGGUAACGGCGUCUCAUAAUGGAAAAACAUAUUACAUUCCAUACAAGUUUCAACGUGAUAAUAAAAACGUGAAUGUUAAAGACAAAAAUCCAAUAUAUUAUAGAGUUACUAAACAGGAUCUUUGUGCUAGAGAAAUUAAGAUCAAAUUAGUAUGUAUAAGAAGUCUAAUAAAUCAGCUAGAAUCUGUUCAAUCAUUAAAACCCUUUGAUGGCAGUUCAUUACCUAAUGACGUAAUAGAGUCUGCUAUUGUUUCAACAACCGAGUUGCUUAACGAAUAUGAACUGGAGAAGUCCCGUUUAGCUUUUACUUUAUGUAGUUACCACGGCCAUGAACAAUUAAAAGAACCGCAAAAAACAGGGGAGCCUCUAACACUUGAUAUUGACGAACUUGAAGUAAAAAUGUUCAUAGAAUCAACGGUUAUAUCUGAUGAAAUGAUUGAACAAGAAAACAGACAACGCAAAAAGAGGCCAACACGAAGAAAAAAAGCUGAACAACCAAAUUGUCAGUAUAUAUCUGAAAGACCAUUAGUUGGAAAAAGAAAACGAAAAGUUAAGGAGACGCAAACGGAAACGAGGAAAAAACGAUGUUCAACAAUUGGGGUACGUUUAUAUGAUAAUGAUGUUACAAAAUUUCAGUAA